CUCCACGUUCCCACAAAGCUUAUUCAACCAUAUUUUCUUUAAGUGAACACCCUAAAGUCCUCUAGGAACCAUCUUCACCUCAGCUUAGCCAUAGCAUCAAUGGAGGCCAAUUCCUCUGUAGACACUCCCCCACUGAAAAUACAAUCAAGUGUAGACAGUGCUGGUCAUAGUCGACCAUUAAAGGGUAUCCUUGUCAUAUGUGGCUCCAUUGUUUUCCUAAUGUCAUUAGUUGCACUAAUCAUAAGCCAGAGCCAGAGUUCCUUGGAAUCCUCUCCUCUUUCUAACAUCUCCAUUAAAGAAUGCCCUAGAGGAAUUGCACAAGGGGUUUCACCCAAGUCCUAUCCUUCUCUUUUCCUAAAAGAUUCAUAUAAUUGGACAGAAGCCAUGUUUUCUUGGCAAAGAACAGCUUUCCACUUUCAACCCCAAAACAAUUGGAUGAAUGAUCCUGACGGUCCAUUGUUUCACAUGGGAUGGUACCAUCUAUUUUACCAAUACAAUCCUGAUUCAGCAGUGUGGGGAAACAUUACAUGGGGCCAUGCUGUAUCAAGGGACCUGAUUCACUGGCUCUACCUUCCCAUAGCCAUGUUACCUGACAAGUGGUAUGACAUCAAUGGUGUAUGGACCGGGUCCGCCACGCUCCUGCCAGAUGGCAAAAUCAUGAUGCUCUACACUGGUGAUACCAAUAAAAAUGUGCAAGUACAAAAUCUAGCAUACCCUGCCAACCUAUCUGAUCCCCUACUCCUUAAUUGGGUCAAGUAUGCGGGUAACCCGGUCCUGGAGCCCCCACCCGGCAUUGGCCCGAAGAAUUACCGUGACCCGACCACAGGCUGGAUCGGGCCGGAUGGAAAAUGGAGGAUCAUAGUUGGGUCAAAGAAAGGAGAAACAGGGCUUUCAUUAGUGUACAAGACCACUGAUUUUAUUAACUUUGAGCUCAAUGAUCACUACUUGCAUGCGGUUCCGGGUACGGGUAUGUGGGAAUGUGUGGAUUUUUACCCGGUUUCGCUAAACGGGUCUAAGGGUUUAGACACAUCAGUAAAUGGGCCACAAGUUAAGCAUGUGUUGAAGGCUAGCAUGGAUGAUACAAAGGUGGAUAGUUAUGCACUUGGGACCUAUUAUGUGGAAAAUGAUACAUGGGUGCCCGAUAACCCGGUUGAGGAUGUGGGUAUUGGGUUGCUUUUGGACUAUGGGAGAUACUAUGCUUCAAAGACUUUCUAUGAUCAAGUAAAACAGAGAAGGAUCUUGUGGGGUUGGAUUAAUGAAACUGAUACAGAAUAUACAGACUUGGAAAAGGGUUGGGCAUCUCUUCAGACAAUUCCGAGGACAGUGCUGUUUGACAACAAGACUGGAACUAAUUUGCUUCUAUGGCCAGUAGAAGAAAUAGAGAGCUUAAGACUGAGCAGUGUUGAAUUUGAAGGAGUGUUGGUUGAACCGGGCUCUGUUGUGCCAUUGAACAUAACCCAGGCUACACAGUUGGAUAUAUUUGCUGAAUUUGAGAUUGAAUCAUUGGCAUCCGGUGGGAUUAGCAAUGACAGUGUAGAUUGUGGAAGAGGUUCUAGUGAUAGAAGUGCUUUUGGACCAUUUGGCAUUCUUGCUAUUGCUGAUGAUGCACUUUCUGAACAAACUCCAAUUUAUUUCCGCCUGUCUGAUACUAGCCUUGGAAAUUCUACAACUUUCUUCUGUGUUGAUGAAACAAGAUCAUCCAAGGCCUCUGAUGUUGCAAAGCCAGUUUAUGGAAGCCAAGUUCCAGUCUUCAGUGAUGAAAAACUAUCAAUGAGGGUAUUGGUUGACCAUUCAAUCAUUGAGAGCUUUGCUCAGGAAGGUAGAACUGUGAUCUCAGGCAGAGUUUAUCCAACAGAAGCAAUAUAUGGGGCAGCAAGAUUAUUCCUAUUCAACAAUGCAACUGGCAUAAACAUCAAGGCCUCUCUCAAGAUUUGGCAAUUGAACUCUGCUUUCAUAGGCCCCUUUCCCUUUGAUCAGAUUCAGAGUGAAUGAAAAGUGCAAAAACUACACCAUGUACCUUUUUUAUCAACCACAUGAAGCUGACAAAUAAUGUUUGAAAUCAUACACCUUGUUAAUGUCCCUAUUGAUGGUGAUUCAUUUUAACUUUGGAUUUGCAGGGGCACAGGAUUUCCCCUACUGGCAGUGCAUUUCUUUAAUCAUUCAUAUAUUGGAUAAUGUAGAACAUCACCCAUCAAGAAAUCAUAAUCAAAUCUUCAUGUUUUGUUGA